AUGGAAUCCACCGCCAAAACCCACAACCAUGACCCCACAAACAAUGGCAUACCCGUUGAUUCCGAUGUCGAUAUCGAUAUCGAGAGGUCGCUUGAGAUAGGAGAAACCGAGAGCGGAACACUAGCAGUUCAAAGCCGAAGUCAAAGCGAAAAGCUAAAUGCUUUUGUUAUGGACUUUCCAGAUGGUGGUUUGAGAGCUUGGUCAGUGGCAGCUGGAGCUGCAGGAGUUUUGUUCUGUACAUUUGGAUAUAUCAAUGCUUUUGGUGUAUACCAAGAAUACUAUCAAACCCAUCAACUCUCCCAUCGAACCCCUUCAGAUAUAUCGUGGAUCGGAUCUCUCCAGGUAUUCUUCCUCUUUAGUGGAAGUGCCGUUGGUGGCCCACUAUUCGAUCGCUAUGGCGGGAAAACAAUAUGGCCUGCCGCACUUCUAUACGUCUUUAGCGUCAUGAUGACCAGUCUCUGCAAAGAAUAUUAUCAAUUCAUGCUUGCCCAAGGAGUUCUCGGCGGAAUAGCUACUGGUAUGACCAUGUCACCUGGAAUGACAUCUGUUGGCCAAUACUUCAAUAAAAAGCGAGGGGCGGCAAUGGGUAUCGUAGUCGCUGGAUCGUCAGUCGGAGGAGUUGUAUUCCCCAUUGCCUUAGCAAAAAUGCUUGCCAAUCCAAAAUUGGGAUUCGGCUGGACGGUUCGGAUCAUCGGAUUUAUCAUGCUUGCGGUUCUUGGAAUUUCUUGCACGGCCAUCCGCGCACGUUUACCUUCUCGAAGAAAGUCAUUCUUCCUUCCAUCAGCAUUCAAGGAACUUCCUUAUAUCACUUUACUCAUCUCGGCUUUCUUGAUGAUUCUUGGUGUAUUUAUUCCCAUCUUCUAUCUCCCAACUUAUGCCGUUGAGCAUGGAAUGAGCACGGAAUUGUCUUCAUACCUUGUCUCGAUAUUGAAUGGUGCUUCAUUCUUUGGUCGGGUUAUUCCUGGUGUCAUGGCCGAUAAAGUUGGUCGACUCAACAUGUUUUGUGGUGUCGGCAUUUCCACGGGAAUUCUGGUAUUUUGUUGGCAAAGGAUCACAUCUAGCGCCGGUAUUAUCGUUUUCGCGGCAAUCUAUGGAUUUUGUUCCGGAGCAAUCGUGUCCCUCCUAACUGUGUGUUUCGCAACUGUUCCGAAGAACCCACAAAACAUAGGAACCUAUAUGGGAAUGGGUAUGGCUGUCACGGGAUUUGCAGCGUUGAUUGGUCCACCAAUUAACGGUGCACUUGUCGUCCAUUACCAUUCCUUCGACCAAGUUGCGGACUUCAGUGGUGUUAUGGUCUUGGCUGGUGGUAUUUUCGUUCUCGUGAUUAAGUAUGUAGAGGGUGGGUUAUUUAAAAAGAUCUAA